AGUCGUGAAGCAGGAAGAGGCAGUGAAAACGUCGGACUGGUUUCAUAUAGCGACGUUUCAACAUCUGAUCAACAAUGAAAGGUGUCGUUUAUCUGAUCGCAUUCGUCGUUUCGACUGGGCUUACCUGUGCCCAACAUCGAACGGCACAUACAUUAUUUAGAGAGCUCGUUGGGACCCUAUUGCCGCAGCGUCAAUCCAAUGACAGUUCCGUAUACUGUAGCGUCUACGAUAGCAUGAAGAACUCACCGCAAGACCCCAAGCUGCAAGUUCUCGGCCUAUUUCUUGGGGCUUUCUGUCCGGAGGAAAACCGUCAAUGUGGUGCAUGGAACCAGUUUACCGAAUGCUCGUCCAAAACCUGUGGACAUCAGACUCGCUCGCGUAAUUGCACAUGUCACAUAUGUGGCGACCAAAUACCCAUCGGACAGCUGCCUUGCGUCAACAUCAACAACACCGUUAACAGCGAGUCUGACGUCGACCCCUGUGAGGCUGCGAACAACAUAGGAACUAUGGAGGUGAAGCCCUGCGGACCAUCGUGCCACGGCAUCGGCAUCGCCAGCGCAUUCAUCGACAUCUUAUCGGGAGCACCGGAGACUUCCUGUUUGAAGAAUUUCUUCGAUUUCUUGCAGGGACGCAUUCCGCCCCUGAUCUAGAGAUUUGCAAAGGUCGUGCGCUGAAUCACUAGCGAUUGCAUAUGUCGAUAAGUGUCUAUCUAUCUAUCUA